UGUAAAUCACGGUUGUUCAUGACAAUUGCAAUCAAGAGUAGUAUGGCGACAACCUCAUCAACACCGCCCGCGGUGAUGACGAAAGCAGAGAGGAUUGCGAGUCUCAUCGCCGAGUGCACCAUGUUCGAGGUCGACCCGUGCAGUGACCACUAUGUGAUGGGGCGUGUGAUCGGCAGCGGUGCCUUUUCUAUCGUGCGCGUGGCGACGCAGAAGCAAACGCAGUUGAAAGUCGCAGCCAAGUGCAUCAAGAAGGCGAUGCUGGACGUGCAUGAGGUGCAAGCGUUCAUCAUGGAAGCGUCUGUGCUCAAGGAGAUGAACCACCCGAACGUGAUCAAGCUGCAUGCCGUGUACUCGGAGCCGGACAUGUUCAUUUUGAUCACAGAAUUCGUUGAAGGCGGCGAGUUGUUUGAUCGUAUCGUGGACAAGACGUUCUACACUGAGCGGGAAGCGCGCGACGUUGUCAAGGGCCUUCUGCACGUCACCGCGUACUGCCAUGCCGCCAACAUUGUCCACCGCGAUCUCAAGCCAGAGAACAUCCUUCUUGUCCAUCGAGACGACGACGCUAGCUUCAAGCUGGCCGACUUUGGGUUCGCCCAGCGCAUUGAUUUGUCCAAGUCCCACCUCGUGACACAGUGCGGGACCCCGGGUUACGUCGCGCCCGAAGUGCUGCGCGGCAAGGCGUACGGCAACGGUGUGGACAUCUGGAGCAUCGGCGUCAUCACGUACAUCCUCCUCUGCGGGUACCCGCCGUUCCACAACGACAACCGCAAUGCCCUCUUCCAGCAAGUCAAGUCCGGGACGUUCGAGUUUCACAGCCCGUAUUGGGACCACAUUUCCGACGCCGCCAAAGACUUUAUCCGACUCAUGCUCACGGUGGACCCCAACAUUCGGUACAUAGUACCGUGGCAAAGGUGUCAUGUGUUUGAUAUGAUGUGUGCACAGACCUGCGGCAAAGACGCUGCUGAAGCUCCCAUGGAUCGCUGGACCGAAUGUCGGCAACGUGCAGUUGGAAGCAGCGCUCCGACAACUGCGCCAGUUCAACGCCCAUCGACGACUCAAAGCCGCCAGCAUCGCGGUACGCUCUCUGGAUAUGGAAAAUGACGUGAACCUUGUUUGAAGGUCAUGACGUCGGUAACCUUUGGAGUCGCGCCGAAGCAGUCGCCAUCCGACGAGCCCUAAGUGUCGCUCGCUGUCAGUGUAAUAAAUCCGAAGCGAUGGAACUACGUGUGGACGACGACGAUCUGUGUCACACGUUCAGAAGUGUAGCCAAGGGACCAUAACACAAGGCUUGACCAGUGUUUUAACAAGUACUUUACGUGGUUGUGAUGGAAGGAAUCAUCACGCUCAAA